AUGCCGAUGAUAGAGCUGUACAUUGAGUUUGAACAGCAGUUGGAGAUGGGUACGAUCGGCGACGAGGUCAAUGUUGAUGAGCUCGGGGAUAUAGAUUGGGAAGAAGAUAAUAAUGACAGCAAAGAGGAAUUCGAAGCUAACUAUGAAGUCGAUGAUGAAAACGAUGACGGAGACUUUGCAGACAAUCCGACGGUGCAAAAUGAAGCAAAUGCGAUUGUAAGCCAAUACCUGUUUGGUGUUCCAUCUUUUAUGCCCCGGAAUUUUCUGAGUGAAGGCAACGCGGCGGAAGAUGGCGAGUAUAGUGUCGGAAUGGAAUUUGGUUCGAGAGAGUUGGUGAUAUCUGCAAUCAAAAGCUACACCAUCUCUAGAAGAGUUGAUUAUACAGUGUAUGAGUCUGAGCCGCAAAUAUUCUAUGCGAAAUGCAAGGGGUAUGGUGCAGGGUACGACUGGCUUAUCCGAGCUAGCUUGAUUCGAAAAAAAGCUUGUUGGAAAAUCAGGAGAUACAAUGGCAAGCACACAUGCACCAUGGGCACGAUUUCACAAGAUCAUGCCAAGUUAGACUCAGACACAAUUGCAGGUGCCAUUAGGCCGUUGGUCGAAGUAGACCCCUCGAUAAAGGUGAAGUCUGUUAUUGAAGAAGUUCAAGGCAAGUUCAACGACACUGUGAGUUACCGCAAGGCUUGGUUGGCAAAGCAGAAAGCUGUUGCAAAAGUUUUUAGUGAUUGGAAAGUUUCUUACCAGACUCUACCAGUAUGGUUAAAAGCAAUGAUAGUGAAGAUGUCAAGGUAUCGUGUUCAAAUUAAAAUGCUCUCCGUUUACCGUGAGAGUGCACUUCUGGUAGCGGUUGCACAAGAUGGGAAUCAAAACAUUGUACCUAUUGCAUUUGCAAUUGUCGAGGGCGAGACAACAGACGCAUGGGAGUUUGUCCUAACCAAUUUGCGGAGAUAUGUUGUUAUCAUUGAUGGUGUGGGUAUUAUUUCUGACCGCCAUACCUCCAUCAACGCUGCAAUAGCUCGCAGUAACAGUGCAUGGUCACCACCAAGGGCGUGGCAUAUGUACUGCAUCAGGCACAUCGGGUCCAACUUCUUAAGGAGGUUCAAGACUCCAUAUUUGCAUAAACUCAUGGUGAACACAGGCUAUUCUAUGAUGGAGCAGGAGUACAACAAAAACUACUAA